AUGAACCUACAAAGAGAACCUCCGUGGGAAUCCCUCCAACAAAUAGCCCAAUUCUUAGACCCAAAGUCACUAGCAAUGUCCUCAUGUGUCUCCAAGUUAUGGCAUGAGGCCAUGUCCUCCAACCAUCUCUGGAAACCCUUCCUCUCAUCACACUACCCUUCAUCACUGCACCUAAUCUCCAACACAACCUCCCACCACUCCCUUUUCUCUCUCCUUCGGAACUCAUCCAGCCGCCGGCGCCACCAGCUCACGCCACCGCCACCACGCAUCUCUCUACAUGAACUCUUCUUUGCUGUGGACUUGUUCUGUGGAGAUGAAAGAGUAGUGUCCCAAGGGAAGUUGGCUUCAGAGUUUGAGGUUGAUAAGGGUGGAAUUUUUAGGUUUGGGUAUGAGGUUGAAGGGGAGGGUAAGGAGGGGGAGUGGAGGGUGGUGUGGGUGGUGGUUAUGGAAGGGUGUUUGAAGGCUUUUACAGUGAUUGAGAGGGUGGAUAAGGGCAGGGUUGUGGGAGGAAAUGGGCUGUGGUUCUCUGAGGAGUUGCCCGGAGGAAGGUGUUGUGUAGGGGUGGGUGGAGGUGGAGGGUUGGUAGGUGAGGUAGGAUUGGAGUUCUAUUGUGAUGUGGAGGGUGGUGGGAGAAGGAAGAUGGUUAGGGUGAGGUUGGGGGUGUUGAGUGUUAUUGGGUGUAGGUAUGUUUCUUUGGAUGAUGGUUUGAGGUAUUUGGAACACUUUCUUUUGUGA